CUGGGAAAGCGCGAUGUUUAAAUCUGUUUCCGGUUUCUUUCUGCCUCGGCCACCAUGGCCAAAGAGCUAAAAUUGAGGGCUUCAGCCGGUACGCCAAACAUGGAGCGACAACCCAGCAGUGUGACAAGGACUCCUCUCAACAGUGUUGUAGUCCAGAGGAGGAGCAAAACCAGGAGCUACCGGCUGUCAUACCGCAGCUGCUUGGGUGCUGCCUCACGUCUCGGCUUGACCCCAGCGUUGACGGCGCGCAGGCUCAACACCAGCAGACGGGCUCCAAAGUCACACAACAUCACUGAGAAGGUGAAUUUGGAGCAGCUGGCCUUGCUGGUGAAAACGGAGUGGCAGCUGUCGUACGUCACUCCUCUCUAUCAGUUCAGACACACUCAGCUGAAGAGCUACUCCAGGCAGCUCUCGGCGUUCAUUGCCGCAGAGAAGCAGCAAGGUUUGGCAGUGGAGGUGGAGGGACCACAGAAACCCUUCAGAGCCUCCUUCUCGUUGGUGCAGGGGAUGGCACAGUCAGACGAUGACGCAGAAAUGGUCCUCAUACAGAUCCACUCAAAGCCUUUGUUUGCCAGGCAGGACGAGCCACAGAAGCCAGUCUGGAGCGGCUGGCUCACCUGCAUCAACGGCAACCCCGAUUACCUGCGCUCACUGCCAAAGGACUUCAUCUGUCUGCCACUCUUCGGCAGCAGCGGGGCAGAGGGUCUCACAUCUUUGGUCAAAUCUUGGUUCCAGCAGUCCUUCGACUGCUGCUUCGGCCCCCUGGAAAUCAGCCACAUGAGUUUACAAUGGCUGAUGGCGUUAUGGACGAACUGCCACACUGAGUCCAGCUUACAACACCUCAAAAUGAUUUGGACACUUCCAGUUACGCCACUGCUGCAGGUCACCUACACAGUUCGACCUGAGGACGCCUGGGACCUGUGGUGCAGUGUGAGGAAGGAGAAGGAGAAUGAAGGAGGGGAGGAGGCAGAGGAGGAGAGCAGUAUCGACAUUGAGGAGGUGGUGAGGUUCAUGCAGGGGCUGAAGAGCCACUUCUACAGACACUUCAGACUGGAUCUGUCAGCGGGCAGCCUGAACCAGGUCUCCACAGCACUGGGCUCAGCCAAAUACAGCGGCAGGAUCAAGAUCUCCAACAGUAAAUACAUGAUCACCACCCUGACGCUACUGACAGAGUGCGCCCUCCUCAAAAUGCCCAUCUGAGUGGUACAACAAAGACUUACCCCCACCAGGAGAUGCAACGUUACAAUACACAACACUUACUCCUAGGAAAGCCUGGAAAUGCAGCUUAAUUACAGUGCAGAUUGCUUUUUUAAAACAUAUAAAUAAAGUCAAACAUCCAUGUUUUAAACCUCUCUUCAAAACAUGAAAUUGAGAGUAGUUUUUUUUUUGCAAUAUUCUAUUUAAUAUUGCGCACAACUGAGUCAUGUUUUGGCUAUUUUUUCACUCUUUUCCUGCAUGUAAACAUUACGUACAUAUGUUCCACCUCUUUUUGUAAAUACUUUACUGUAUAUAAUUUUGUCAUUUAUAGAUGUAAAUAAAAGCCAGAAAAAGA